AUGCCGCGUCGAGUUCUCCUACGUCGUUCCUUGCUUUUCGUGUUGCUUCAUCAUCUCGUCGGUGGAAUCUCUCAAUGUCUUUCGAACGACACGUGUACGAGGGGUAAAAGGGCAGAGGAUGAUGAGAACACGAGGUAUCUGAUAUUUCCACAGGGAAGUAACGUUCAGUUGGUAUACUGCAUGACCAUCAGCACGUACUCGAAGCCUCAAGGAAUGUUUACCGUUGGCGUUACGGCCGGACUGGCAUGGGAGCUUCCUCAUAGAAAUACCGUAUUGUACAGGAAGCCUGCUGAGGUUUAUCAUCGUCGAAGCAGAAGGGAGUUGUACCGCAAAGUGGAACUAAUGCUGAAAACUCAGGGUAAAGAUGGCAAAGCUUGCGUUCUCAAAGCUAUUUGCAAGGCUUCUAAAAGGGAUAGAGAUAUAGUUGGCAAGGGUACCUUCCUUGAAGAAAUUCUACAUACAAUUUUCACAUUACCCGAUGGUUUUUACGAGCUUGAUCCAAUGACAGAAUACGAAGAGGCCUAUUGGAAGAAAGAAAACUGUGACGAAUACAUAGCAAAAUGUCCAGACGUUUUUUGA